AUGAUAAAUUGCGGGGGAAAGGGAAGGACCAGACUAAGUGAAAUGAACGUCCUGCAAAAUGAAAUGCAGGAGAUAAACAUAAACGAUAGCAGCUCGAAGAAUGAUUACGAUGCUAAUACAUACAAUGACGCGAGCACGUGUCAUGACAGCAACAUGGUGAGCAAUGAGCAUGGGUGCUUCAAAGGAGAAUUUACACCCAUCAGGCACGAUCAGAGCAAUUCAUUUAGUGAGGGAACAGGUAUAACGGAGGAAGAAACAGAGGAGGAGCCAAGUGGAUACGAUGACAAGCAGGCAAAAGAAGUGCUCAAUUGUGAUUAUUGCAACAAGCAUGUGUGUGCACAGGUGAAGACAUACACCCCAACCUUUGUCUACUUACUUGUAAUAAUUUUAUUUCUCCUGAUCUCUUUUUUCACCAUAUUUUUACUACCUCUAUUAUACUUAACAUUUAAGCAAAAAAAAUAUACCUGCCCGUAUUGUGAAAAGAACUUAAAAAAAUCGAGUGAGAAAUUUAUUCAAGUGAAGAGAGAAAAUUCAAUUAUAACUUUCCAGUUCCCCAAAUGUGCAAUAAUAAUUUCAGCAAAAUAUUUGGCUCUCUUCCUAUCUCUGAUUUUUUUAAUUUUUUUUUUUUACAUCAUAAGAAUUUCAAGCAAUUUCAAUUUGGAUGAUUUGGCCAAAGGUCCAUACAUAACAGCUAGCUGGGUGGAGUAUCUGGAAGAUUGUGGACACAAGUCACAACUAAGAAAUAAAUUUAACAGUAUUCACAAUUUUAAAAACAAAUAUGAUGGGUAUACAAUUAUAUGGACGGGGCAAUUUCACCAUAUAAAGGAAGGUUUUUUUAAUAGCAAUUCUUUAUUCAUUCGAAUGAACCCUUCUGAAUAUCGUUACGACAAGGCAGACAUCAGGGCUAUGUUCACGGACACUCUAAUUUCACAAGUUGAAAAUUUACAAAAAAAUGAUUUAAUUCAAUUUGAGUGCACACUUAUACAAAUUAGUAAAAACAGAAAUCCUCAUUUGUGUAUUUUGUGGAAUGUGACUCUGAUGGAAAAAUUUGAGCCAACCAAUUUCAACGUGGUCGAUUUUGUAAAGCACAUGUCUCUACUAGAUAUUAUUAACAGUAGCUCUAAUGCGAAUCCAUUUUUUAUGAAUAUAAAUAAUAAGAAUGGCGAAGUGAAGCGCUCAAUCAAGAUUGUGCAUAUUGCACCUGGUGGGUUAAGCGGCGGGCUGGGUGACGCCUUUGGAAGUGGUCAUCUCGGGGAUAGCCUGUCGGAUGACCUCACCGAUGGGGACGUGUUCAAGACUUCCAACGUGCUCCACACCAAUGAUGAGUUCGUUUUCAAUUUGGGGGGAGACCACAUAAACUAUAACCCCACGGAGUUAGGAAACGAUUCUCAUUUUCCCUUCGCGCAUGAUGUGAGUUUAGGUGCGAAGUUUAGUCUUCGUGAUUUUGUGGCUCGGAUGGGUAGCAGGAAGUCGGGGGUAGGCUUCAUGGAAAAUGAAAACGAGGACGAUGAAGAGGAAGAGGUCGAAGUGGAGGAAGACUAUGAUGACCUCAGUGAGGCAGAUAAUGAAUAUAACCUGGAAGACAUGCAGGCUCUCAACAAUGCUUACGGUAACCAUUCGGGUGAAAACGAAGAUCCCUUUAAUCAUAUCGAGUUGGGUGUGGAAGGCAAGAAGAAGGCCGCGUCGACUUCACCCACACAGAAGAUUAACCGUGCAGAUGAGGGGGCAGGGCUUUUUAACCAGGAGCGCGCAACGGAGUAUGAGCAGGACGUGCACGAGGAGGGGGGGUCAGAAGCGGACCACGCACCAACUAAUAGUCACGCCCCUAACAAUAAAGCAGCGGACCACGGAUCGGCUAACAGGGCCACCCCUAACAAUAAAGAAGUGAAGCACGGGCCAACGAACAGUGACGCCCCUAAGAACGGAAGCACCGACACCGUGGGCGGCAAGAAAAACACUCAGAAGGACCCCAAUGUGGAUGGCUCCAAGGAUCCCCCUCGCGAGUGA